CAUCCGUCCUCACGUCACGAUCGCCGUUACGACGUUAUACUGAGAACGUAUCACGUCCGCGUGGUUUCCCCAGGCUGCGUCGUGUUGUGGAAAAACGUACAAUCAUAAUCGUAAUUAAAGCUACGCACGUUUGGCCCAUUUCUGAUUUAACCACGUUUGUCGCUAUUUGUCCGUAACCGCCAGUUAUGAGAUAAUAGAAUGAUAUGAGUAUCUAAUGAGAACAAUAAUAAUGACAAUAAUAAGAAUAGAUAUGCAAGUGUAAGUAUUCAGUAAUAACUAUAGCAAGUUCGCUAUCGAAUUAUUACGUCGUCAGGGAAACCUCGGCGUUGAAAGAAAGAGAGAGUGGGAGUGGGGAAUCCUGUGAUUGAAGGCAUUCCUAUGGUGGUGCUCAGAUUUGUUCUCCAGACAGUGCCCAAAAAUGGAGAACGGCGGUAAGCAGCGGCAGCUGCGGUUUCCUCCAAGCUACUCCCGCUGGAAGAUGUGCCUCCGAAAUGUGCCUUCGUCCUUCCAACUGCUCAUUAACAAUUAAUCGCGUGACUGUUAUGUAAAGUGACGAUUGGACGCGAAGUAGCCGAUCGGCAAGUGAAUAUGGAAUCGCGCGAUCAUUGCGCUCGCUGUCGCGCUAAAUCGAUCGUCCGUAAGAGCGACGACCUCUGCGAACGUUGCCGAUCCGAAAAGCGGACAGCCUUCUCUCUGGGAAGACACACACCUGAAUGUCUCAAGUUCCGCAGAACCAUCGAGGAGGAUGAACAAAGAAGUGAGAUUGCCGCCUGCAACGAUAAAUUCGCCCUAGCAAAGAGGUUGCACGCGGAGAACUUGCAGCAUCAGCCACUUCCGGAUCGGGUGGACGACUCAGUUUUCAAGACGGGGUGUCGCAUCUGUUCAGCCAGUUACAAACGAGACACGAAAUGGAACCUGGAUCGAGGAAAUCUUGCGGCUACGAAGAUAGAGGAUCGCAUAUCCAGACCCGCGCUUGGUUGCAAGAAGCCGGAGACCCGGAUGGAUCUAGCGAUUUGCUGGGAGACGCCGAUAGAUCCAGUAUACGAGCCGCGUAAGGCGACGCACAUCGAUGGCUCCGAAGGCGGUUUGGCCCCGGCGAUCUUUGCCAUGAUCGAGCACACGCCGGUGCCGAAGAAUCGCGAACUAUUGUCUCGCAGCGAGAAAAAGGAUAGGUGCGUUUGUACGAGUCAGGACGAGGCAGAGAAAGACUCGAGGAGGAAUCGAUGUUACUGUGAUCGUCCCUGCAGCGAACUCUAUGGCAAACGGCGAAGCGAGAAGCCAUCGAGAUCGAAUUCCAUGCCGCGCAUCACCGAGCGCAAGUGCACGGCCUGCCGAGGCGGCGAAAUGGAAGUGGAACUCGAGCGAAGCAAAGACCCGAGACUGAUUCGGUCCGCGGUGGGUGUCGCGCUCGGUCUCGAAGAAAAACGCUGGCCCAUGACGGGCGACGACGUGGCGCGCAAGAACGGAUUGCCGCCGAUGAGGAUGACGGUGCCGCGGCCAAGGACUCCCUUCGCCAGACGCGCCUUCUGCAUCGACACCCUAGCGCCGCCGUUCAGUGUGGUGAGCGGCUGCCGGGACGCCGACUACCCCGAGCACUGGCGACUUAUGUCCGUGUACCAGCAGUCGUAUAGAAAUCCACAGAAACGAAGAUCUCGCCGCUUUUGAUCGGGCCGUCGAUGACACCGGCGGUGGACACGAGACCUGUUUUUAUGGAAUUAGCUAAAUGAAGUAUAGUUUUUGCCCAAUAAACUUUCAUCGAAGUCUGCUGUCUGUGAAGAAAAUCUUAAAAUAAAUUACUGACAUUUUUUUAAUUUAAAAAUGUCUAUAAAAUUACAAAAUUCUUUUAUAUAAUUGAAAUAUACACAAAAAUGAAGAGAACACAGAGCGAUUGCAUGCUAAUAAACGAAAGAAUGGUUUAACACAUUAAUAUUUAUUUAUAAUAUUUAUAAAAAUAAUUAGUACUUUAAUUAUUUUGAAAUUUUGUAAAGCCAAUUCAAGGAUAUUAAAGUGAAAAAAUGUCAGUAAUUUGUUUUAGAGUUCUCUAAACGACCGCAGACGCUCAAUAUUGUUACAUAAUAAAUUUAUAUAUUGCAUUACAUUAUUAAUCAUCUGAAAGCUAUAUUGAAUUUGUUUAGAAACGUCUAGAGAAAUGUUAUACGAUAUUAUUGAUGAUUUAGGAGCCGCUUUAAAGAACAAAUGAGAUUCUGUGCUGAGCGAUUGUUGUUGAUUGUUGAUCUGUUGCGAUAGCAAGAAGAAUUUGAUAAUAUAUUUCGUUAAAGUUUAGAGCGUUAAAUAAAUGAUUAACUUUCUCAGUAAGCUGUUUUCCGUAGCGUAAUAAAACGUUGCCAUUAUGAAUAGUAAUAUAAAAUGCAAAUGAACCCAGUCGACACAAUUUGCAACUGCUAUGUAAUUUGGGAAUAAUAUUUUAUAUAACAAAUGUUUCGAUAUUUAUAUCACAGUUACUUGUGUCUACUCCUUCCUUUUAUAUAAUACAAAUAUGUAAAUGCUACAUAUUAUGUAAUUUACAAGUAUGUGUAUGAUGCUUCAAUACAUAGAAUUUAAUUGUUGGAACUACAAAAAAGUUAGUUAUAUAAAUAUACCAUUAUUUUUUUUAAAAAAAGAACGAAAUUAUAACAUAACUACAAGGUUGCAGCAAGUUUCACGUUAUAUAAAAUGUGAUAUUGAAACUUAUAGCUAUUACAUAAUGAAUACACAACUGUGUCGACUGGGAUGUUACUAAGAAAUUAUAAAAAUAACGCAGUUAAGAUAAAAAUAAAGAAACCUAAGCUAAAUAAGAA